GACCUGCCGGGACUGGGGGGCAGGUUUGGAGUCGCUUUAGGCGGUGCCCCUCGGCGGCUUGUGAGUCGUUGGCGUUGCCGCCAUGGCCAGCCAGUCGCAAGGCAUCCAGCAGCUGCUGCAAGCGGAGAAGCGGGCUGCGGAGAAGGUGUCCGAGGCCCGCAAGCGAAAGAACCGGAGGCUGAAGCAGGCCAAAGAAGAAGCUCAGGCUGAAAUCGAACAGUACCGCCUGCAAAGGGAGAAAGAGUUCAAGGCCAAAGAAGCUGCGGCUCUGGGAUCCCAUGGCAGUGUCAGCACGGAGGUGGAGAAGGAGACCGAGGAGAAGAUGACUCUCCUCCAGACCUACUUCCGGCAGAACAGGGAUGAUGUCUUGGAUUCCCUCCUGAAAUUCAUCUGUGACAUCCACCCAGAAAUUCACGAAAACUACCGCUUCAACGGAUAGGGAAGAAGGGCGAGCCUGUUCCGUGCAUUGGCAAUGUGGAUGCUGUCAUGGAACAAGAAGCUUUCGCAGAGCUACAGUGCUAUUGCAAAAACGCAUUAAAUUAUUUCUGUAUAGUAUGGGAUAGCUUCCUUCUCUUUUUGCAGAGUAGCAAACCAAGUACUUUGUAUAGACUUAGAGCUUAUCCAAAGCUUUUAUCUUACCUCAUAUUUCUUAUGAAUUUAAUGGUGUACACGGUUUUCCUAUGCUUUUUAGCUGAAGCAGCAAAACUUCUUUCUUAGAUAUCUAGUACAAAAAAAAAUUCUUUGAAGAAAGAAAUGGGUUAAAUAUUUCAUUUCCCUAAAACUUUCUUUGAAGGUCAGGGGCUUUAUCAAUGAAAAAAGUAGUGAGUAGGUAUUUUGUAACCUGUGUAGACAGCAGCCAGCCUUAAAAUAACCCUCCGUGUUAAAGGGUUAGAACAAUGAAUACAGGUUCCCCCGCUGUCCACAAGUGCAACUUUCCAGGGAAGGCUUUUGCAAGCCGAGUACGCUUAAAGUGGAGAAGUAUUUCAUGUUAAUUUAUGGGGGGAUUGUUUUGAGCUUUCCAGAAAACGAACCCACCGAGUCUUUCCAAAUAACACACAAACCAGUCUUAAUUCCCGGUGUUCACAGGCGUGUUCCAAACCACCCGCUGGAUGCUGAGGCUGGGGCCUCCCGGCAAAGAGCUCAGAGAGGCCACUUUGCUGUUUGGGGCACGCGCUGCAAAACACCGAAAGCUGGUUCUGCUGUGCGCCUUUUCUCACACAAGCAAAAACCCCGUGAGCGGAAGCAGGCCCACACGGAGGCCUUUGAGAAAUGCAGAGAGGCGGGACUCGAACUUUGGUAAAGCUGGGGAAUACCUGUACUCCUCUAGUUUGGGCUGCUUUUAGUUUAUAGAAGCGACUAGAGCUGUUACUUGUUAUUGAUGUAAUGGUAAUCAUCACUUGAAAAUAAAGAUUCUUUGUAAUGGA